AUGUUCAAGUGUUGGGGCAAGCCUCGCAAGGGUGAGCCGGCGGGUGAUCGUCCUCGCGCUCAGGGGGAUGCAGACCUCCCUCGCCCCAGCUCCAGCCGCAAAGUGGUGCGCACGUCCUUUGUCUACGUCCCUUUUGCCGCCGAACCCGCGACACCCUCCGCUCCGAGCACGAGCCACGCCAACGCGCCCCCAAGUGCUGCCGGGACCCCAGAGUUGCCCAAUGACCCAUUGACCUGGGACAACGAGCAGUGCUUGCAAUGGGUUCGUGCGCAGGAGUGCCCCGUCACCCUGCUCUGGUGUCGCAAUAACGCUCUAGUCGGCGAGGACUUGGCCUCCUUUACCGCGGAUGACCUCAUGGCCCGGGGCGUGCCCGAGGAAGAAGCCGUGGUCAUCCGCGGGCGCCUCAAGCGCCGCCUACGAAACUCCACCCGCCUGUCCUUUGACGUCAUUCAUGCUUUUGGGGCGGUACGCCACAGCGAGGCCAAUAUCCAGCCCGCCGGCUCUCCAGCGCCCUCCCCCAAAAACAACCGCAAGUCGGCACCUGCCGUGACGGCGACCAAAGCGGCCCCGCCGCCGGAAGGCUCGGUGGUCGCGCACCAUCACAACAAUGAGGAACUCAUGCAGCACGAACGCCACAUGGACGAGACCCUGGACCACCUACGCCGACAGCUGACGGAGAAGUCGGACAACGCCUCAUUUGCUGACCAUCCCGUGAUUCAAGCCCUCGAUCCGGCCGCCCCGAGCCUGCGUCGUGUCAGCAGCUUUGACUUUUCUUCACACCGCCGCAGCCACAGCAUUUCCGUCAAUGGCGCUGGCCCGGUGAACGAAGCCCCGGAAGCCCGCCGUCGCACUGGCAGCUUGCCCGGCCGCCCCGCCUCUCUCAGCCUCGACACGGAACGAGUGGAAAGCCCUCAAAGGUCGCCCCUUGGCUCACCCGCCGCGCCCAUGACCGCGGCUGCGCGAAGCAGUUCGGGCAACACACUGGCGUUGCCUGGCAUGACCGGCUUUGAUGUUCGGGACACUGGUUCAGUCGUCAACUCCCGCUCCAAUUCUUUCAAUAGCCUUAACCACACGGGCGUGCUCCCCGCCGGGCCGUCAUCGUCCAAACCCUCGUCUCCUCGUUCUCCCAAUCCGCCAUCUGAUGCCGCCAUCAUUGCCCCGAAAUCAGCACCCCAUCUUGGCCAGGGUGUCACUCGUCGGGAUGCCGCCAUGGUUCGCAGCAUGUACAGUCUCCCAACUGCCACUCAAGGUGAAGACCAAGCCCAAGGCAACACCAGCAGCCUCUCAGCGACGUCGUCUCCCGGUGACGAUGAGGAUGGCAUGCCUGAUGCACCAUCGCAGGACCAGGAAGCAGCCGCCGCCGCCGCCCUCCUUUCACGCCCAAGCUUGUGGAUCGACGAAGACAUGCGUGGGCUUGUCAAAACCAACAACCGGUGGCGCGAGCGCCAGGCUUCGGAGCGUUCCGCCGGCAGCCAGCGCGAGGAAACACCGCCAAACAACAGCUCAUCGUCCUCGCUCCGCUCCCACAAAUCAGACCAAAACGGCCUGCUACGCUCACUGGGCCGUCGAGCUGGUCGCAGUAUUCGCAACGCCAUGCGGCCGGGGCGACCCGAAUCCCCGCCGACCGAGCCCGAGUUCCGCCCGCGCGGUUUGACCUUGGAUACCACCCAAGCGGAUAAAAUGGCGCAUUUUGCCGCCGAGCUGCGGCCCAAGGAUCGCGAAACCUCGAUGCUGUUUUGA